AUGGGGAAGUGUGUUUAUACCCUGCCCUUGAUCUUCGGGGCAGGCACCGAGCUGCGAGUCGAAGCAGAAAACCAAGCCACUUCCCCUCCAUCUGUCUUUGUCGUGAAAUCGAGGGCGCCCAAGAAUGACAAGGUGGCGGCCGCGUGUCUGGCCAAAGGUUUCUACCCCAAGGAAGUCACCAUCAACAUGAACCCAGGCACAGAGGUGGUAUACAACUCCAAGGAAGGAGUUCUCUCCCCCGACGGGAAGUACAGCGCGGUCCAGGUGGUCAAAGUGGGACCCGAGGAAGCGGUGAAGUGCACUGUUAUACAUGCCAGUCAAAACUUUUCUGCGGAAGACAGUCCAUCAGCGCCCGCAGCACCAACCCACCUGCCAGCCGCCAGCCCUGGAUUUUGUGAAUCUUCCACUUCCAGUUCCACCGCUGAAGGGGUCCAGACGCAGGUGAGAUUCGUGGAGACGGGAGGGGGCGUGAAGAAGCCCGGAGACUCCAGCCACCUCUCCUGCACUGGCUCUGGGUUCAGCUUUGGGGACUACUGGCUAAGCUGGCUGCGAUGGUCCCCAGGCAAAGGUCUGCAGUGGGUCGCCACCAUCAGCUUCUGGGCAGGAGACACCAAGCGUUACGCUGCGUCGGUAACAGGGCGCUUCAGCAUCGCCAGAGACAACGCCCCGUGA